AUGACAACACAUUUACCUAGCACAUCCCAGAAUGGCGACGAGAUAUCUGCUGAGCAAUUCAACAGGAUAUUCCACGAGCGUAGCGUCAUCGUGUUGGAUUGCAGAUCGAAUGGAGAUUCCGUGAAGAAAGCCAAUCGUCUACGCCUGCCAGCUCUCCUUCAACGUCGUCUAAUGGGAGGCUCCAUGCGGCUCGCAACAGUACCCGAUCUAAAGGAAUUAAAUAAUCCUCCUGAUCAGUGUCCUGAAGUACUUCUCAUACCCGGUGAUACCGAGCAAGAUGAGCAGUUAUCGACGGCGUUGGCUCGAAAUCUGAAGUCCAACGAUUACCGUCAUUUCGUGCUGGGCGAGUCCGUCAACUCGCUCCUCUCGCAGUUCCCUUCCCUUCGCGAUAUGGCAGAUGAGAAUUGGAACACUACGUUUCAAAUGAAUUCAAUGCCUGGACAAGGAGUGGGUCAACAACAAGUAUCAGGGGGACCGCUACUCAAUUUAAAUCAACUUCGAUUAGAAGGCGAAGAUCAAGGUGGGAAACAACGAGCUGAGUUCCCAGUGAAGUUAACCAGUUUCCUCUAUCUUGGUAACGCUGAGACAGCUAAAAAUCGAGAUAUUCUUAAUAAGCACUCUAUAUCGCACGUCAUAAAUGUCACAUCAAAUCUUCCGAAUACGUUUGAAGACGAUCCAAAUAUGAGAUAUUUGAGAAUAUCAGCCGAUGACAAUGCUUCGCACAACUUAUUCUUCCCAGAAGCCAUAUCAUUUAUAGAAGACGCUCGCCGUAAUGGUUCGGCUUGUCUUGUACAUUGUCUAGCUGGAAUUUCAAGAAGUGUAACGAUAUGCCUGGCAUAUCUUAUGAAAACAGAGAUGUGUACCCUCGACUCAGCAUACGAAUGGGUCCAAAAAAGAAAUGCCAGUAUUGCACCGAACUUCCAUUUCAUGGGACAGCUCACCGACUAUGAGAAGAUGUUGGGAUUGAAUAGCAAUCGAGUUGGGACAUAUCCCUCUUCUGCUCCUCGCUCUCCAUCGUGCGCCAUCGAAGCAGCGACAGCUUCUCAAGUCGGAGGUCUCCUAACACCGCCACCAACCAGUUGCUCGGCUUCUCCACAAUCGAGUAAUCACUCAGCCAAGUCAUUUCACUAG